AUGAAAGAAGAAUUUGAGCUUUUGAAGAGAUUUAAGCUGCUUAAUUGUAAAGUUGUUGUCACACCUGCUGAUAUAAAUCAAAAAUUGGAUUUUGAUUUUGAUGGUGACGAUGUAGAUGCGACAACGUUCAAGCAGUUUAUGAGUAAACCGAAGUGGUCUCAUUACCAAGUUGUUGUUAGAAUUAUGAGGUAUAUAAAGGAAACUCUAAAGUAUGAAGUUUUGUUCCCUUCUGGUGUUGAAACUGAAUCAGAACUUCUGAGUUACUCAUAUUCUGAUUGGUAUGGAGAUAGAGUUGACAGAAUAAGUACUCCUGGGUACUUAUUUAAGUUUAUGGGAAGUUCUAUUUCUUGGUGUUCCAAGAAGAAACCAAUUGUUGCUCUGUCAACUUGUGAAGCAGAAUAUAUUGCACGUGUUGUAACUGCAUAUCAAGUUGUGUGGCUUCUGAAUUUAUUGCAGGAUCUGAAGAUCAAAGUAAGCAAGCCUCUGAAGCUGAUGGUUGAUAACAAGUCUGCAAUCAAUCUUGCCAAGAACCCGGUGCUACAUGGUAGAAGCAAGCAUAUUGAGACUAAGUACCACAUUUUGAGAAAUCAUGUUUAG